GUUCCAAUAGAAGAUUUUGAUGAAAACUGGUGGCUUUUAGUGACAAACAUGUGGAUGCAAUGGAAUAUCUAUAAAUAUGUAAAUAGUGAUAUUUGUAAAGUUUUCGCUUGCUAUUUUACAAAGCAUCAAAGUUCUAGCACCUGGCAAAAAGAAAAUUUAGUUUCAUUACAAAUAGUAAAAAUCGAACAUUAUAAAAAUUCUCCAAACCACAGUCAUUCUCUAGAAGAAAAUGAAGCAGUUAAAAAUUAUUUACCUUCAGUGAUAACUGCUGCUGUAAAAGAAUUCGCGAUGAUUAAGCUAGUAGAAGCUCAUCUCAUUGGUAAUUCCAACUUAAAAGUAAAUCUUUCAAAUGCUAUAUCAUUUUUAAUAAAGCAAGGAUAUCAGGUUGAACACUUUUGUAUUCUCCAAAAGAAAACUAAGGGCUCGUAUCUUUUUGUUAGUACUAAAGAUAGUGAUACUAUUGAAAAGGCAUUAAAAAUAAUCAGAAAUAAGUUUUGUUACUGGUUCCCUCGUUAUAUACUUUUUGACCAAAGUAGUAUCGAGGCAAAAGGUGUUAAAAAAGCAUUUUCUGGGGUAAACGCUAGUGAACAAGAAUAUGAAUUAAUCCUUUGCGUCGUUUACAUAAUGAGGACUUGGUUGUCAAAAAUUUAUGAAAGAUCUUAUGUUACCUCUACGAAUCUGUUAGAAUCUUAUCAUAGUGAGUUGAAAAGAGCAACAUCUUCAUUCCAUGGUUUAAUAGGUGUAGCAUAUAAUAUUGUUGCUUUUGAUAAUAAAAAAUGGUCUAAUUCUGAGUUUGUCGCUUUCGAUUUCCAGAUUAAAAAAAUAUCUGCUUAUGGUGUUGAGAAUGAUAUUUUGAUAGAAAUUCAUAAAUUUCCUUAUCUAUUUCAGCAAUUAUUAGUAAAGGAAGCCUGUGCUGUGAUGAAUAGAAUCGAAAAAGAGAGUGGUUUUGAAGUUUACGAAGGACGUGAGUUAGUGAUAGUAGAAUUAGUACAAACAGAACAACAAAGAAAAACUAAAAAUCUAAAACUUACCAUGAAUGAACUUAACGAAAGGGUAUGUAACAAAUAUUGGAAUACUGUAUCUAGUAGAGACAUUGAAAGGGCAGAAGUUUUCAUCUCAAUACGAGUAGGUAGGCGAACUAGCUUUAUUGCCAAUAUAGUAAAUGAAGUGUUCAAUGGUACUAGUUGA